AACACAUACCCCAAAAAAAAUUGCCGUUACAUUCUUUUUGGAUGGUAUCCUCAAAAAUGAUCAUGUGAUCUGGUUUGAUUUUGCGGGAUUCUUAUUAUUCUUGAAAUAUCAAAGAAAAAAAUGUGGAUUCCACGUUCCUGGAGCCGGCUGAUUCAAAGAAUCGUAGCUGUUCGAGCAUCAUCAAUCACCAGACAAUAUCAACAUCAACUAUCGAACACUGGUGGAAUCAUUGAAUUUGAUCAGCUUCAAUUACGAUCAACAUUCAACAAACAGAAUCGAAUCAUUCCGAAUGUUGCCUAUUUAAAUCGUUCGGAUCGUCAUGAUGCUAAUCUUAAUCUUUAUUGCUGUGGUCCAACUGUUUAUGAUCAUAGUCAUCUAGGUCAUGCUAUCGCCUACAUACGUUGUGAUCUAAUCAUUCGAAUGUUACAAACAUACUGUAAUGUUAAUGUAUAUUUCGCCAUGAACAUUACCGAUAUUGAUGAUAAAAUUAUACGAAAAUCUCAAGAAAUCGGUGUUGAUUAUCGACAAUUAUCCAAUGAAUAUUAUCAAUCGUUUGUUGAGGAUAUGAACUCAUUACGUGUGACAACACCGGAUUAUGUUGGUAAAGUUUUGGAUAAUAUCGAUACUAUUAGUGAUUAUAUUGAACGAAUCUAUGAUAAAGGAUUCGCUUAUAUUAGUCCUGAAACGGGUGAUAUUAAUUUUGAUUAUGAAAAAUUUCUACAGAAAUAUUCUAUUGAAAAUAUACCAAAUUUUGGUGGUAGUCAAGUGACGAUAAAAUCUAUCGGUAAACGUUCACCAAAAGAUUUUGCCUUAUGGAAAUCAUCGAAACCUAAUGAACCAAAAUGGUCAGAAAUUGGCCACUGGCAACAACAACAACAAGUGAUUGCCGGACGUCCAGGUUGGCAUGUUGAAUGUAGUGCAAUAUCACAUUCAAUUUUUGGUGAUAAAAUUGAUCUACAUUUCGGUGGUUCAGAUCUAGUGUUUCCACAUCAUCAUUGUGAAUCAUGUUGUAGUCAUGCAUAUCUAUAUCAAUCAGAAAUUAAUUCAACAGGUCAUCAUCAUAAUCAUAAUCAUCGCGAAUUAUAUUCAAACGUUAAUGUUUGGCUUCAUUCUGGCCAUCUAAUUCUUCGUUCAGAAAAGAUGAGUAAAUCAUUAGGCAACGUUAUUUUGAUUAAAGACUUUCUUCAAAAAUAUUCGGCAAACAUUCUUCGAUUACUAUGCAUACGAACACAUUAUCGUGCUGAAAUAGAUUUCGAUGAAAAACUUUUACUUGAAAUGACGGCUUUUGAUGAAAAAUUACGUGAAUUUAUACGACAUAUUGAAUGGGCCAUAUAUAAACUAUCAUCAACAAUCAUAAAUGAUUCUAAUUCGGAUCUAAUAUCACCAAUGACCGCUGUUGUAAAUGAUUAUUCUUCAAUCGAUAACGAUGAUGAUCGAUUAUCACUUGGUCAAUGGAUCGAUCAAAUUGAACAAGAAAUAUGGUCCGGUAUUCUAGAUGAUAUGGAUAUGAAUCGUCCAUUAGUAAGAAUUAUACGUUUAGCUAGUCUAUUUCCGAAUACAUUACCCGUUUGGUUAGAUUCCAGUUAUAAUAACAAUGAUGAUGGAUGUAAUCGACAACAACAAUUAUUAUUCGAAUGUAUACGAUUACGGCAAUUAUUACGACGAUGGUUUUCAGCUACAUCAUUAGAUUAUGGUCUUGAUUUAUCAUCAUCAUCAUCUUCAAUGGCCAAUGUUAUUUUGCCUGAUCAAAUAGCCAUUGUUGAAUAUUUGACCGAAUUUCGUCGUAACAUACGUCAGUCAACAUUAGUUAUGCUUAAAAAUUUGAAAAAAAUCCAACAACAACAACAACAGAAACAAAAAUCCGAUAUUAACAAUAACAAUGGUCAUGGCCAUUCAGAACAAUCAAAUACUAAUCAUCACUUUGAUCAACAAAAAAAUGAAAUGAUAAAAAUUCUUGAACAUUGUGAUCAAACAAGAACAUUUCUGGAAAGGCGUGGUUUUAAAUUAAAGGACCAACGAUCUUCAUCAUCAUGAGUUGCUGAGAUUAUCG